UCACAACACCAAUGGGUUCCACCGGUGAAACUCAGAUCACUCCAAUCCAAGUCUCUGAUGAAGAAGAAGCCAACCUCUUUGCCAUGCAACUAACCAGUGCUUCAGUUUUGCCCAUGGUUCUCAAAGCUGCCAUUGAACUUGACCUCUUGGAGAUCAUUGCAAAAGCUGGCCCUGGAGCUUUUGUUUCUCCAAAGGACAUCGCUUCGCAGCUCCCCACGAAGAACCCAGAUGCCCCCACCAUGCUUGAUCGCAUUUUACGCCUCCUCACUAGCUACUCAUUUCUUACUUGCUCUCUGCGUAAUCUUCCUGAUGGAAAAGUUGAGAGGCUUUAUGGUCUUGGUAAAGUCUGUAAAUUUCUAAUCAGAAAUGAGGAUGGCGUCAGUCUUGGUGAUCUUUCUCUCAUGAAUCAAGAUAAAAUUUUGAUGGAGAGCUGGUAUUACUUGAAAGAUGCAGUGCUUGAUGGUGGAAUUCCAUUUAACAAAGCCUAUGGAAUGACCGCUUUUGAGUAUCAUGGAACAGAUCCAAGAUUCAACAGGAUCUUUAACAAUGGAAUGUCUUCUCAUUCAACCAUCACCAUGAAGAAAAUUCUUGAGACUUACAAAGGCUUUGAGGGUCUCAAUUCAUUGGUUGAUGUUGGUGGUGGAAUUGGAGCCACACUUAACAUGAUUAUCUCCAAAUACCCUUCAAUUAAAGGCAUUAACUUUGAUUUGCCUCAUGUCAUUGACGAUGCUCCAUCUUUACCUGGUAUCGAGCAUGUUGGUGGAGACAUGUUUGUUAGUGUUCCAAAAGGAGAUGCUAUUUUCAUGAAGUGGAUAUGUCAUGACUGGAGCGAUGAACACUGCUUGAAAUUCUUGAAGAACUGCUACAAAGCGCUUCCAGACAAUGGGAAAGUGAUUGUGUGUGAAUACAUUCUUCCAGAAAUGCCAGAUCCAAGUCUUUCAUCAAAGGUCCCUAUUCACGUUGAUUGUAUAAUGUUGGCUCAUAAUCCAGGCGGAAAAGAAAGGACUGAACAAGAAUUCAAGGCCUUGGCUAAAGAUUCAGGCUUCCAAGAAUUCCAAGUGGUUUGCUCUGCUUUCAACACUCACAUUAUGGAAUUUAUUAAGAGGGUUUGAAACUUUUGCUUGUGUGCAUAGUGCUUUUGACUUCUAUAUUGUAUGGUGUUUGGAAAGUGGUUUACCCCCACUAUAUGUAUUUCUUCCCGCAUAAAUCAAUAAAAGAAAAAUGUAAUUUUUGUUGCUUGUAUGAAAAUAAA